UUUAAAUACAUGUAGUUUACUUCUAGUAAGGAAAGUUAAUAUCUGUUUACAUUGUAUGAAAUGUGUAGAAGAAAUAUUAUAAAUUAAUCAUAAAAAGGAGAACUAAAAGGUAACUUUUUCCUAUUGAUUUAACAGAUUUGCUAAUUUAAGGUGACAAAAAAACUUAAGAAAUUCUAUAGAUUUAUCAGAAAAAUGCAAAUAAAUCAGAAUUAGAGAAAGGCAUCCUCGAAUUAUUAGGUAAGCAUUUCAAAUAUACUAUCUAGAUCAAUCUGAUGAAUCUUAUUCAAUUUACAGUAUACCUUCUUAAUAUAAAUCUAGAAGACCAAAGCCUGUGAAAGUUUAAUCACUUGAAAAAAAUUGGUAUUAAAAAUAAAUAUUAAAGGGCUUGCAAAUCUUAAGAUUUUCUUAAAUCAAAACCAAACAUGCAGGAAGAGUUGAAUAAACUUAAUAAAGCUAUAAAGGAACGAUAUUCUUUCAAUCAUCUCGAAAAACAAUACCAAUAAAAAAAUUAAGGCAAAAGAUUAUCUGAUAAUUUCUAUAUAGAAUCAGUUAACACAGGUUUUUGA